AUGACCGAGAAUCUUCAACCACCCAAAUUGUCUUUUCCAUUUAAGCCGGACACGCUAGCAGAGAUGAUUAAGGAGCUUUAUAACGCAGGACAUGCCUCAAUAACCAUCAUUUUCCGCCCACAGUUUCAAUUAGUCCUUGGAGACAAAGUGAUCAAUGAUACGAGAAUAUAUGAUGCGACUGAAGAAUACUCGACGUCAAGUAGAUAUACAUCCUCGCAGAAACAAAAGGCAAAAGAAUCAACUGCAGCGCCAGUAACCCAAAGAGAGGUGAACGACCUAAUAUCGGCAAUUAUGGAUCUAAAAAAAGACUUGUCCGGGAGCAGAAUGCCAUCAUCAAACAGAUCUGAUGGAACGGGUUCCGAUAUUCUCAAUAAUGUCAUACAUCCAAAUAUGACAUCUUCUCCGGCGCGUUCAUCUUCUGUGGCGUCACCGUUACCUAAUCCACAGCAAGAAUCUGCGUCUAAUUCGAGACAACGAUUCUAUCCUCCGCGCACCUAUCCCCCGAUGCCUUUUCUGGUUGACGAUGAUUAUUAUGAUUUGUGUCGGCUAUUACGUAACGCCGCGAAAGGGACAGCUACUCCACUCACAUUUCGGGCGAUAACCAAUCCCGAAGAUAUCCGAGGACGAUUAAACAAAGAGUUUGGGAUUUCUCGUAACAGAAAGGCUACUUUUAGAAGCCGUCUCAAGGCCGCAAUUCGUUUGGGAGAGUUGCAACUUUACUUAAAGAAUAACCCGAAAAUUAUGAGCGUUCAACAGAGUCGAGAUGCGUUACGAUGUCCGUGGGAGGAGGCUGAGAAACACAUACAGUACGCAACACAGACGUAUAUUCUGUUCCAAGAUUUGGGUCAGGAGGCUUAUGCCAAACUUGAAGAAAAUACUCUGAGCUUUUUAGAAAAUUUAAGUCCUAGCGAACUGACAAUAGUGAUGGACUUCGCUAAAGGUGUCGCUAGUGGGAAGUAUAAUUUACCAGAUGGAAUGAUUGAUAUGGAGGAUAGCGACAAGGACGAUGAAUUUUGA